AUGGACUACCAAUCACCCCUCACAACCACCGUUCACAACCCGCAAUUGCGCCUCCUAAAUGCCCUCCGCGCCAAUUCAGGGCCAAUAAUGACCUUUCUUGGACUUCCCUCCUCUCGUACGGCUCAAUUAGUAGCCUCAACCAACCUGGAUGGCAUCAUCAUUGACUGUGAGCAUGGACACAUAAGCGACGAUGCCAUGCACAACUCAAUCACUGCCAUCUCUUCCCAAGGCGUCUCUCCGCUCGUUCGUAUCAGGAUGACCCAUGCAGAUCUAAUCAAACGCGCCCUGGACGCCGGCGCUCACGGUAUUGUCGUUCCCAUGAUCAAUACUGUUGACGACGCCAGGGCUGUAGUUCAGAAUGCCAAGUUUCCUCCUCAGGGUAUAAGGGGGCAGGGUUCAACAUUUCCUGGAUUCGCACUUGGUAUUGACAUCCCAACAUAUAUGAAGACAGCCAACGAGACUCUCAUUACUUGUCUACAAAUCGAGUCUAAACUGGGUGUUGAGAACGUUGAUGCCAUAUGUGCAGUGUCCGGAGUCGACAUGCUAUUCAUCGGGCCUAAUGAUCUAGCCCUGUCAGUUCUCGGUUAUGUCCCAGCCAAAGGAGAUGAGCCUGAGUUCGUGGAGGCGAUUGAAAAGAUCGUCAAUGCUGCCAAGAAGCAUGGCAAAUGGGUUGGCCGGUUAUCGAAUGAUGGGGCUUCAGCGAAGAAGCAUUUGGAAGCUUUUAAUACCGUAGCAUUGGGCUACGAUGUUCGCGCCAUUCAGAAUUGGUAUAGAACAGAGCUGCAAGCAGCGCGAUCUUAG